GGAAGCGGCCUCGGCGCGGGGUGGGGUGGACCGGCCGGCGCUUCGGGGCGCGGGCUGGGGGGCGCUUGCCCGGCAGCUGCCGCGGCCCCCCCCGCCGAGCGCCCGCCCGGCUCCCGGCGCCGCCAUGCCGAGGAGCCUGCGGAGCUGGCUGGGCGGCUGCCUCCUGAUGUCAGCAUUAGGAAUGGUGCCACCUCCUGAAAAUGUCAGAAUGAAGUCAGUUAAUUUCAAGAACAUUCUACAGUGGGAGUUGCCUGCCUUUCCCAAAGGAAAUCUGACUUUCACAGCUCAGUACCAAAGUUAUAGGAAAUUCCAAGAUAUAUGCACAAGUACUGCCUUGACGGAAUGUGAUUUCUCAAGUCUUUCCAAGUAUGGUGAUCACACCUUGAGAGUCAGGGCUGAAUUUGCAGAUGAGCAUUCAGACUGGGUAAACAUCACCUUCUGUCCUGUGGAUGACACCAUGAUUGGACCACCUGGAAUGCAAGUAGAAGCACUUGCUAAUUCUUUACAUAUGCGUUUCUUAGCCCCUAAAAUUGAGAAUGAACCUGAAACAUGGACCAUGAGGAAUAUUUAUAACUUGUGGGUUUAUAAUGUGCAAUAUUGGAAAAAUGGUUCUGACGAAAAGUGGCCAAUGACGUGUCAGUAUGACUUUGAGGUCCUCAGAGAUCUUGAGCCGUGGACAACUUACUGUGUUCAAGUUCAAGGGUUUCUUCCUGAUCGGAACAAAACUGGAGAAUGGAGCAAGCCUGUGUGUGAGCAAACAACAGAUGACGACUGGGAAAUCAAGGCUCAGAGAGGCGAAGUAAGUUGCCCAGAGUCGCUCAGCCAGUAAAUGAACAGGGACGGAGCAGGUUACCUGUCGUGUAAUUUACUGCCCACGGACUCAUUCCACAGGUGAGCACAGGCACGAUUUCCCUGCGGGUGAAACAGGGAGGGGCAGUCUGCCUGGCCGCGUGGUCAGGUGGGACUGAAAGAAGUCAGAGAGCUUUUGUGGAGGGUUCAGCUCCCAGAUCCUCCCCUUAUUCCAGCCCAUGGAAAGCAAUGACCCUUUCUUUCUUGGGGUGAGUUAUAAAAGCAUCCUCUGACUUCACAGGGGGUCUGGGAGGAGGUCCCUUGAGCUCAGCAAGGGCACAGGCCGGAAAGAUGAUGAGGCCACUGCCGGCAUGAAUGAAAACACGGGGGGACGAGGGAGGAAGGCAGGCCCAUCCCAACCCCAGCUCCCCCUGCAAACACCACAUCCAUUCAGACAUCUAAGGACCGUCUUGUGGGCCCCGCGCUGCUCAGUGUCGGGGUUUGGGGGCGUGCUUUGGUCUGCCCUGUGCAAAUAGGAAUUGACACUUUCUCCGCAAAUAAAAUGACUCCCUUUUAAAAGGACUUGCUGUGAAAGGGCACGGUUCAUUGGCUUGUCCUCUCUCGGCACCAGAUGCCUUGGGUUUUAAUCAGGAGGGUGGUGCCGGCUGCCAGGCCCCUGCACUGGGAGGGUGGGUGGCCCCGGGCAGCGGGAGAAGGCACCUGCUGCUGAAUGAGGGGAGCCAGGACCACAAAUGCCCCGGUCAGAGAUAAAGCCGGAUAUUAGAGCAGUAAAAACAGAUUUGAUUCAGUAAGGGCUUACAGGAGGGAAAGAGCUACCGAGGGCGUUUUAAAGGAAGAACAAGGGAGGCGCAGAGAAGAGAGAAGUGGGGAAGUGACACAUCACAAAGCGGGUGAGGGGGUGGGUCAGUGUCCCUGCAGUUGGGCCAUCGGUGUUGAACGCCAGCUGGUCUUUAUCAAGUCAGACUUCCCCUCCCUGCCCGGGCUGGGGGACAGGGGCCCUCCUUCAUGAAGAUUGCAAUUGAGAGGAAUGGCUUGCAGGUCCUUGAGAAAGACAGCCUUGGGUUUUAGGAGAUACGUGUGCAUCUCAAAGGGGCGGAGGAAGGAUUCACAGGCAUAAGCUUUUGAUAGCAAAGGCUCUGUGAAAGGAAGGCCAGGUGCUGGCGGAAGAAACGCUAAGUUCUUUUGGAGGCCUUGAGUUUUUCCAGACAGAAACCCACGGUGGGUGCUGGGUCGUGCCAGCCGCGUGGCCUUGGGCCACUGGAGUUUGGGCAGGUGUCUGAGUGCCGGGGGCUUGGAUGGUGUUGCCAUGCCAAGAGCUUUUGCCCUUCUCGGUACAAAGCACCGCGGUGCGUGUGUCUCCUUGGGGCUCUGGGGUCCCGUUUCCUGCUUUAAGGCCGCAGAGGCUUCUCCAGCCUGCAGAGGCUCAUUGCUCAGAGUCCCUGCUUAUGGUUCUCAUCGUGUGUGUCAGCAGUCGUGCCUGAAACCGAAGCUGGAAAAAGAUAGGAAGGGGGGGCGGGGGCACUGGCUGGAAACCCCUUGGUCCUUGAGCAGGUGUCUUGUACUUUCUCCUCACCCCUCCCGAGAUGGGCACCCCGAAAACGGGGAUUCCCACUGGAUUGCCAUGGUGGCAGAGUGUGGAGGUCAGGUGACCCCGGGUGUCCUGACCUGAGCCUGACGCAGCC